AUGAACAGGGCGAUCGAGACGCUUUCUCGUCUCUGCCGCGAGGCCAGGGAUUUGGCUCACGCCAGGAGGAUCCACGAGCGGAUCCUGGAGACCAGCUACUGGCCGAAUCGAUACCUCUCCAACAUGAUCGUUUACAUGUAUGGCAAAUGUGGGAGCUUGGGCGAUGCCGAGGCCGUCUACGCCGCGAAUCCAGACCCCAAUGUCUUCUCCUCCAACAUCCUCUUGCAGGCAUUCUCCGAGGCAGCGCAAUUCGAGGCCUGCGCGGCCUUCUUCUUCCGCGGGAUGCCACACAGGGACAUUGUCUCGUGGAAUUCGAUCCUCCAGGCCUUCGCCCAGCAGGAGCUCAUGGACGAUUCGCGGAAGAUUUUCGAGAGAAUGCCGUACUGGAGCAUCUUCUCCUUCACUACUAUCGUCUCGGGAUUCGCCCAGGUGGGAUCCCUCGACCACGCGAUGCGAGCGUUCCAUUCCAUCCCCGAGAAGAGCGCCGUGUCGUGGAACGCUGUGAUAAAUGGCUACUCACAGGUCGGCCAGCAACACACUGCCCGAGCUUUGUUCGAUCAAUCCCCGGCUAGAAACGAUCUGACGUGGACUUUUUUGAUAGCCGGAUAUGCCCAGAAUGGGCAUAUGGAGCAGGCAGUAGUGAUGUUUGCUUUGAUGCCUUUGAUAAAUCUAAUCUCUUGCAAUAUAAUGCUUGUUGGUUUUGGUAGUAAUGGUUUGUUAGCACAAGCUCUAGAUCUCUUUUCUGGAAUGCCUUCUAUAGAUUCUUAUUCUUGGGGUUCUUUAAUAUCAGCAUAUGCCCGGAAUGGGUAUCUAGAUGAUGCGAUAAACAUGCUAGAGAGAUUUUACACCGAAGAUCCCAGUGCUUGGAACACACUUAUAGGCGCGUACUCACAAAAGGAAGACUUAGUCUCGGCAUCAUUUGUCUUUAAGAAUACUCCCCACAGAAAUCUGUGCUCGUGGAAUGCUAUUGUACAAGCUUAUGCCUCAAAUGGGCAUUUUGACACCGCGAACCAUCUCUUUGAAAGAAUGCCUGGAAGAAGCGCCGUGACUUACACCGACCUGUUACUACGUUUUGGCACCAAUGGAAAGCUCGUCGAAUCGAAGCGGUUGUUUGAUGAGAUGCCUCAUCGAACUCCAGUCUCGUGGAAUUGCAUGCUCAUGGCUUACGCUCAGAAUGAAUGCCUGGACAGGGCCAAGCAAACCUUCGACAAGGCAGCCCAGCACGACGUGGUUACCUGGUCGUCCAUGGUGCAAACUUACGCUUACCACGGUAGGCUAGACGAGGCAGCCAAUCUCUUCGAGGUAGCCCCCGAGACCAACACGGUAACUUGGUCGACCAUGGUGGCGGCCUUUUCCUACAGUGGCUCCCAAGCAAAGAGAGGAUUGGAGCUUUACCACAGAAUGGAGCUCCAGGGGCUGGUUCCCGACGAGGUAACUCUGAUGGCCGUGCUCGUCGCUUGUAGCAACUCGGGCACGAUGAAACGAGUCGGGGAUUACGUGAUAAGCUUUGGCGAGCGCGGGAUUUAUCCCGGAGUGGAGCAAUUCUGCUGCAUUGCGGACGGUUUCGCGAAGAUGGGAUUGCUGGACAAGGCCGAGGAUCUCAUCGACGCGAUGCCGUUUGAGCCAUUCCCUGGUGCGUACACGAGCUUGAUUAGCUCGUGCAAGAUGCAUGGGGAGCACGAGAGAGGAGCCCGCGCCAUGGAAAAGUUGGCGAGCUUGGAAGCUUGUUCCUCAUCGGGGCCGUACGUUUUGCUAGCGGACAUCUUCAGAAGCAAAGAGUAG